CUUUCACUUUGGUGCCGAGCGAGGCCUGGCCAAGGGGACACGGGUGCACCCCAGGACACCCAGGUGGCUCAGGUACAAAAGGAGAAGCAGGCAGGCACAGCGUGGGCACGGGGACAUGCCAGCAUACCCCCAGCACUCAGCAACCGCCUCGGGGCACCCCACAGCUCCUGGAUACAGAUCCCUGUGAACAGCCAUGGCAGGGGAAGGGGAGCUCAACCGUGUCGUCAAGGACCUGCAGAAGACCGUGGCCGAGCUGAACCGCAGCUACCAGGAGCAGAAGCUGCCGGUGACAGACGGGAGCCGGGAGCUGCACAGCCUCUGUGCCCAGCUAGAGUUCCUCCUCCAGUUUGACCUCAAGGAGAAGAGGAGCUUCUUUGGGCAGCGCAAGGACUAUUGGGACUUCUUGUGCCAGGGCCUAGCACGGUGCCGGCAGGAGCAUGAAGGCAUUCACUUUGUCACCUCCCUGGACAAGCUGAAGACCCCUGUGGGCAGAGGCCGAGCCUUUCUGCGGUACUGCCUGGUGCACCGGCAGCUGGCAGAGUCCCUGCAGCUCUGCCUCCUCGACCCUGAGAGCCUCUGCGAGUGGUACUACGCCCGCAGCCCCUUCCUGAGCCCCAAAUGGCGGGCAGAGAUCCUGGGCAGCCUCUAUGAGCUGGACUGUGUCACCUUCCACCUGGCCCUGCACAGGGAUGACCUGGACACCGCCUGGCCCAUGUUCUCUGAGACACUGGUACGGCCCAGCCCGGUGAUCAGGAGCAGCCCAGCAAAGACAGCCUUGCAGACAGACAGUACCGGCACUGUGGCACAUGGACGGUCCGAUGGCAUUGCCCAUCCCACUGUGGCACCCCAUGGGGCACCAGCCCACCCAUGCCCACCCACUCUGGCUGCCCUGCAGGUGGGGAGUGUGGAGAUGGAAGAUAUAGAGGGGGAUGUGGAAGAUGUGGAGGUGAAGAAGGACAUGGAAGAGGAGGCUGAAGAGGAGGUGGAGAAGGAUGACAGUGAGGAUAUAGAGGAGGUGAAGGUGGAGGAUGUGGAAGUGGACGUGAAGAAGGACAUGGAGGAGGAUUUGGAAGAGAAGGAUGAAGAGUUAGAGGAGGAUGAGAAGGAGAUGAAGGAUGCGGAUGUAGAGGAACUGGAGGAUGCCCAUGGCACUGGCAAAGCACCGCAGCCUGAUGGUGCUGGAGAGCCUGGCAUGUCCCCACUGCCCACUGGCACAAGGUGCAUGCUGGGCUCCCGGUCACUGGUGCCCCGGCAGCCGGGUGGGACAGAGGCACUGGUGUCCCAGCUGAGGGCCGAGCUGGGUCAGCGUGAGGCAGCUGCACAGGCGCUGGCAGCACGGCUGGCACGGGCUGAACUGCGGCACCAGCAGCGGGAGGAGAGCAGUGCCCGGCGGGCCCAGCUGUGGGCACGCGAGGCUGAAGCACUGCGGGAAACCAACACCUUCCUGGAGCGGGCUCUGGAGGCAGCGGUGGCAGCAGGGGACCGAGGGACACUGGCACAGGCAGAGGAGGAGGCACGGGGCUGGCAAGAGGUGGCAGAGGAGCGGGGUACCCAGCUGGCCAGGGUGCUGGCAGAGGUGGCGGCACUGACCUCGCGCCUGCAGGAAUGCCAGGCAGCACUGGUGGCAGCAGGACGGACGAACAUGCUGGAGGAUGCUCGUGCUUCAGAUGAGGUGGCUGCCGUGGAGAAGGUGCUGCAACAGGCACUGGAGCUCGCCCGUGGUCCCCAGGAGUCCCCACCAGACCCCAAGGCAGAGGGGGGGCCCAGCACAGUCACCAGCAUGGCCAUGCGCUUGGCCAGCCUGGCUGCCACAGCACAGGAGGAGACCUGGCAGAGCCGGCAGCAGCUCCAGGCCCAGCGACAGGAGAUGGCACAGCUGCAAGAGGAGCUCAGCAGGGCCCGGCAGGACGGUGAGCGCUGGGCAUCGGCGCUGCAGCGGGCGCAGCGGGAGGCCCUGGAGCGGGAGGCCACGCGCGGCGCCGAGCAGGCACGGCAGCAGGAGCUCAUCCGCGACAUGAAGGAGCGGCUGCUGGAGCUGCUGCGGGAGAAGGAUGCCCUGUGGCAGAAGACAGAGGGCAUUGACACUCCGGUGCCCAGGCCGGUGCCCCGCGACCCAGGGUUGUGUGCCCGCUGCCACAAGGAUUUCCGCCUGCUCUCCCGGCGGUACAACUGCAGCAGGCUGUGCCAGCAAAAGGUGUGCCACACGUGCUCCAUGGACAUGGGCAAGCACGGCCGCUGCUGCCUGAUUUGCUACCAGCAAAGGCACCCGCAGGCUACAUGAGUGGGGACAGCAGCACUGGCACCAUGUCUGGGACACCUCCUGCCCUGGCUGCCUCCUCUUGGACUUACUGGGGACCCAGGUGUCCGAGGCCUGCAUGCAGGUCCUGCUGCCCAACAUUUUGGGUUUGAGAUGUGUCUUUCUUGCGGCUGGUCCACAAAGAGGAAAACUACUCAUUUCUGCUA